GCAAAAAGGGGGAAAAGGAACAGAAAGAAGCGCGAAGCUUCGCUGACGAAAGAAGUUUUCGGUAUUUUAUGGAGUUUCUCCAGAUUUUCCUAAGUUUACGAUGGAUCGACAGGUUAAGUGAAUGCAGGAACCCUGCGUAAUAUAAUUUUAUUAUAGAUGGCAACGACUGACCCUUUGACGCCAGUGCCCUGUGCAGAGAUCGAAGACGAGAUCGAAGGUCUUAACGAGAAGCUAUUGGAGCAGCUCUCAUUUCUGAAGGUAUCCACACCAAAGAACGAUGGAAAAACGAGCGAUCUGUCAAAUCCUUUGGUGGACCUUCAAAGGUCGAUAUCGUCGGAGGUGUUUGGUCACUACAGAUAUGAUUGCUCGUUCUAUACCCAAAGGAACACCAUUAAUGCAAGUACACCUGCAAGUUAUUUGCCCCCUAUUGGAGUAUUUUGGGACAUAGAAAAUUGCCAGGUCCCAAAAGGUAAAUCCGCCAUGGUAGUUGUACAGGCAAUUAGGGAUAAGUUCUUCACUGGAUAUAGAGAGGCGGAAUUCAUUGUUGUAUGUGAUGUACAGAAGGAAGUUAAACAAGUCGUCCAAGAUUUGAAUGACGCUCAGGUAAAUUUAAUACACGUUGCCUCGACGUGUAAAAAUGCUGCCGAUGAGAAACUGAAGCAGUCGAUUCGGCGGUUCGCCGAUAUCCAUGGCAACUCGGCUGCCAUAAUACUCAUAUCGGGAGAUGUCAAUUUCGCCGCCGAUCUGAGCGACCUGCGACAUAGGAAAAAGAUACAUGUGAUACUCCUACACAAGGAGAACACCUCCACGGCCCUUAUAUUAUGCGCUAACGAACAUUACAAUUUUACCGAACUAGUGGAACCACUGUCGGCGAGGCCAACAACGAAGGUGUCCGAGACUUAUGACCUCCUAGUUUAUAACCUCCCCAGGGAUAAAGACGUCAUAGCUAUUAAACGCCGUCUGAAACAUCUAUCCUCCAACUGCGGUGGGCGAGUUAUGGGCGUUGAAUCGAACGUCGGUACUGUACGCUUCCUUACUCAAGACUCCGCUGUCAGAGCACAGAAACGUAUGGACGGGGAGUUUGUGCUGGGCUCGCAGAUCACAGUCAAGUUUCAAGAAGGGAAGGUCGACAACAACGGGGAAACUUUAGGCAAGGAAGAGAUUGGAUCCUGUGAAUACUCAACAAGUGAAUCCGAAGUAGGCUCCAACACCAAACAAAUGUAUUCUGCAAGUGCCUCCGUCAGAGGCGCAAGAAGUCUUCCUGCCACCCCGCACUACUAUUCGUCAUCACCUGUCAUCGGUGCCUACCCAGGAUGGAACGGCUUACACUGCCCUGUCACAGCCGGAGCACCACCCGGAAUUAUUCAACCACCUGCUGCCUACAUGGGAAGAGCCUUCCCUAGCAAUGGAGAUGCUGGCUUCAACAGAUCAUACAGUGAUCUUCCGAGGGUGUACUCAUCAUCGGUGUGGCAGAUGAGCAGCGGUCAACAAUGUGCUCGUCUCUGGGACGAACAGUACAAGGCUGGGAAAACGAAGCUCCUCGGGAAGCGCAUCCAGGUUCCGCAGGCUCGGGACAACGAUGCCGCUACAGGAAUUCGUUCCCGCACACCAGACGGUUUCCGACGAAUUCGAGAAAGCCCGUCGACAUUCCCUCAUCUACCACCCCUCGACUGGAACACGCCGAGACCUGCGCCAUUUAGUAACUCGUCCCUUCCGACAGGUUAUACUCCUGGAAAUGGUUAUACACCUGGACCAACUUCGUUCAAACGUCGCAGUUCUUCGCCGAUGUACGAGCUCGGCCAUUGGAAUGGUCAGCCAAGUAAUCAGCAAUCAGGUCGACCUCGUUGCAGCCGUACACCAUCACCAUUCGAUCAGAGUAACGUUUCAAGAACGACGGCUCAGCAAACCGACAGGAUCUCACCGUAUCAGCACAGUGACGCCGAAAACGAGGAAGUCGAGAAUUUCUUCAACCCGAUAAACAAUCGCAACAGUAGUACCAUAUCCAAUGGUACGUACACCCCGAUCGAGCUGCAGGUGACCAACUUGGACCAGAGUAUCGAGCCGAAGGAGAUGAAGCAGAUCCUCUCCUCGGUUUUCACCGAACACGUGGCGAUCCUGAGCAUCUCCCUGUUCAUGCAAUCGGAUGGCAGCUACGCCGCCAGCGUGAAGGUUCCUUCGCUCUCGGACGCACAAUAUGCGAUCUCACAACUGCACAGGCGCAAAGUCGGCUACAAGAGGAUCCUGAUAUCAUAUGCACACGCCGGGGGUCCGAAUCCCCAGCUGGUUCGCUCGCAGAUCGUCAUGCUCCUGCAAGACGUGCCCGAGCACCGACUGCCCCUCUUCAAGUUCCGGCAGAUGUACGAGAGCAGGUUCAUGUCCUCAAUCAGCGUCUCCGAGAUGCACAAGAUGAGGGACGUCUGCACCAUCACCGAGGAGGCCGACGGCAGAAUGGUCACCCUGAACCCCGACCACAGGAACACCCCCUCCCCCUGCGCGAGCAUCGUCACCCAGAAUGGACUCGUCGAGUUGCCUUACUGCACGAUACACGCUAGGAAACCUUGGUCAGGAAAAGGCUGGGCCGAGCAGGAAGUCGCUACGUUACCUAAUAUCAAGGUCCCCUUGAAGGUCUUUUCCACUCGUCUGCAUCGACUUUUGACCUCGCAUGAAGGAUCUUUACCUCUACGAAGUUUUCCAAGCUGUUACGAGGCAGAGUUCAAUGAGAAACUGAACGUCGAUGAGACCGGUGUCCCCUUGGAGCACUUGGUCCUCUGCGUACCAUCCGUUGAACUGAAACAAGGAGCUGGUAGCGUAAAACGCGUCGUCUGGGCUAGCAAAGGGGCACACAACACGGAAUGCGAAGAGGCUAAACGAGUCAGUCCACCCCUGGCGAACCAGCUGGCUCUCUUCAGCAGAGAAUUGGUCGAUCUUUUGAAAACCGCACCCCAUUGUCAGAUUCUGUUCAACCGAUUCAUUCCUGCUUAUCAUCAUCACUUCGGAAGACAGUGCAGGGUCGCUGAUUAUGGCUUCACGAAGCUGAUCGACCUCUUGGAAGCUUUAGCACACACGGUACAGGUAAUGGGAGAGGGAAACAGCCGAGUCGUAACCCUUUCGCAUCGCGCACAAAUUCGACGCUUCACCUCGGAUUUAUUAAGAGUCCUCAAAGCUCAAGCCAGCAAGCAGGUCUCGCUCGCUGAAUUUCCAAGCGUCUACGCCAAAGUCAUUGGUAAGCCCUGGGACAUCGCAGAUUACGGGGUCUGCGAGAUGGACGACAUCCUCGGCGAGGUCUCCGAAGGGACCAUCGUCGUCAAAAGCGUUAACGAGACCAACGACAAGAUAAUCGCCAUCCCGAAGAGGAAGCAGACUCCGGAGGAAAUCGAACGCACGAAGAAAUUCGCUACCGAGGUCGUCGAAUUGCUGAGACACGCGCCUAGGUGCAAGAUGCUCUUCAACAAGUUCGUCCCCUCUUAUCACCACCACUUCAGCCAUCAGUGUCGCGUCUCAGAUUAUGGUUUCACCAAGCUGAUCGAGCUCUUCGAGGCCAUCCCGGAUGUCGUCAAGAUCGAGGAUACCAAUGGCGGGGAAAGACGAAUAGCUCUGACGGAAAAGGAAGCUCUUCAGGUUAUCGCCGAGCAGAUUGCCAUGCUGAGCGCCAGGUCGAAGGGGGGCCUGGACAUCGCCAACGUCGGCCAGGCUUUUCUUUGUCAAUUCGGUUAUGCUUUACGUCCCGAAGUCUACGGAUGUAGCUCCAUGCUCAAACUCCUGGAGAAACUCGACGGCAUCGAGGCUGGUUUCGAGGUCAUCGAGACACCAGCAGGCACCAGGGUGGUAGCUGUUAGCGAUAACAAAAAGCCGACCACACAGGAAUUAACUCUGAGGUGUCGGCGCGUAUUGAUGGACCACCCUUGGUAUCGAUUGCCGGUGGCGGAAUUUCAACACCUCUAUUCCCGAUACUACCGAGGACCUUGCAACUUCGAAGAGCUGGAAAAUAGCUCCAAGGAAGUUGUACAGUUUACGACAAUCAAUGGCGAAUCAUUCGUGGAGUUGGCUCCUCUUCAAGGCUUCGCCUGCGACUUGUAUCGCGUCUUAACGAGAUAUGGCGGCUCGAUGAACGCCUCGCAAUUUGAGAAUGCGUACCAGACAAUCAUCGGCCAACCAUUGCGCGUCUCCCAGUUUGGAUAUUCAUCUCUCACGGCUCUUCUUCAAGCUCUGCCUUGCACGGUAACUCUGAAGGAGUCUCGCCAGAAAGAGAUCAUCCAGCUGAACAAAAAGUUAGCCAUCUCGUUGCCGUCGACCUCGUCGCCUCGAAGCAGAAGCAACGAUUCCGGAAGCGAGUCCUUCGAGAGCGAGACUUCAUCUCGGAGCAGCAUCCUCGCCGAGACUUCCAAUCCUCCCGCAAACUCCACAAAACGUCCAGGACAGACAACCGAGACCCAGGCAAUUUGGAAGCGGAAAUACGGAGAGCCGAAGUCCUGGAAAAAGAAUAACGACUCUCAGCUGGAAGCGCCGAACGAGUGGCCCGCCCUGGAGGAGCAACAAACUCCCCAGGAGAACACCCCCACCGACGUUAUGCGUAUCCCGUUUCCACCCGCGCCUGUCUCACCGGAUUUACUUCAGUCUCCUGUCGGGGCGGAAGAGAAGAAGACCGGCGUGUGGGAAACUCCCCCGAGAGUCGUUCAUUCCACCCAGGACAAGGCAAUCGUCGUUCAUCUGCCGCCCCUGACGUCGUUCCUGCACUGGGAGGAGGGCUCGAGCGACGAGAGCCCGUCCUACGUGAUCUCGCCGAUGAUGCAUAACCUCUCCGUGACGGGGAAAUCAUCGGUGAGCCGAAACUUCGCCAGCAGUUCGUUCGAGUGGACCUCCGUGGAGGCUCCUCACCCCUCAGAGCUGCCGCUUCCAUCGCUGUCGCUGACCCCGGUGAAGAAGAGCCCCGUCGAGGUCCAGGUUGCGAUCGACGAUCCCGAGGUCGCCUCUGCUCCGGGGCACGACGAGGUCGACUCCGUCGGCCGGUCCAGUGUUACUCCGAAUAAACGUAGAAAACGCCGGCUGGCCGCCCAGUUCGAUCAGCCCAUCGACGCGACCGCCAACGCGAAUCUCUAGGGCCGAACACCGCCUCGAACAACUGCGGGUGCAAGGAAACGGGUUAUUCUUUAAUGUCGUGUGCGAGUAGUGGACUGGAAACCACUGGCUGGGCUCUACCGGGCGCAGUUUCAUCGGAAACUGAAAAUCAAGUCGUGUAGAAUUAUUCAAACCUGUGAUUCUCUUGGUAUCGAUUCCUCUUGAUCAGUUUGAAUAGAUACUUGAAGUACAAACUGGUCAGACAGCGACCCUAGCUGUGGUUAGAUGAACUACCGGGAAGCUACUUCCAUCAAUGCUCGCUCGGCAGCUGCUCGGCUUAGCUACCCCGUCCAAUCCAUAAAGAAUGCAAUCCUUCGGGGCGAUUGACGCCUCCAACAAUUGCAUUUGCAAGGAAACGGGUUAUUCUUUACUCUUAUAUCUGCGUGGGUAGAAAUACGUUGGCUGGACUCUGCCGGGCGUAGAUUGAGCGAGAACUGAAAAUUAAGAUCCUCACGAUUAUCUGGAAUGAUUAGAAGGCGUGAAGAAUUGGUCAGACCUGUGGUUCUCUUGGUUUCGAUUUCCCUGAAUCGCUUUGAUUAGGUAUUUGAGGUGCAGUCCUGUCAGACAGCGUCCUCAGCGACGAUUAGGUGAACUAUCGGGAAGUUACUUUGAAACUACAUGAAUCAAUGCUCGCUCGACAGUAGCCCAGCUUGAUUAGCUCUUUCAAUUGAUGAGGAAUGGAAUCCAACUCCAUCAACGCCUCAAACAACUGCAUUUCCAAGUAAAUGUUUAUUUUUUAUCGUUUGCAUGUGGCUGGAUUCUGCUGAUCGAAGUUGGAUCAGAGACUAGAUCGUAGAUCCUCGCUUCAAUUGAGAAUGAUCGGAAGGAAUUUCAGUCGUAGGGAAUUAUUCAUAUCUGUGAUUCUCUUGUAUCCGGAGCCUUCGAAUUGGUUUGGAUGGGAAACCUGAGGAGGUAGCUCGACCAAGUAACACAAAGUAAAUCAUAAAUGUCUAGCUGGAGAUUCUUUUCUUUUUUAGUACUCACAAGGAGACGCCAGUAAAGUGGGAUUGAGAUUUAUAAAUCCUCCCUUCCAUCCCAGAUGAUUAGAGAACGUUUUGCUAGUUUAGGAAUUAUUUCCACCUGCGAUUCUCUUUGAAGUCGUAGUAAGUGUUGGCGAUGGUAGGAGGAAACGUGGAUCCAAUUCUUCUUUUUUAGUCGCCGAAGCAAGGCACAUGUUAGAUGCCGUCCUUUAGAAGCACCGAAAUUGACACUUUUUCCAACUGAGCUUAUCGAUGGCUUAAUUUCUCCCUGUACUUUGAGAUUAGCUUGGAGCUUGAACACAUGGACAUCUAAAUCGAAGAAUUUGUGCCUUAAAACAAUUGGUUUAAGUUAUACAAACGAACGUAGAGUUAUGUGAACAGUCAGAAGGAUUUAAUUAAGUUAUAAAUGAAAACUUACAUAUCUUACUCGACGUUCAAUCGCUUGGUCAAUAAGUAACCUCUUCGGCGUGAAUGUGCGCGUGUUCACGCGUCCUAACCUAGAAGAACAGUGAGAAUUAAUUGCAGUCGGUAAACUGAACUUGCAAAAGGGCAGCUUCGACACCUCCUUUGAAAGGAGCCACCUUCACGGUAUUAGAAAUGAUUUCUCGAGAACGAGAGAAGGAAAUCGCUCCCGAAAGGGUUAUUUUACCUUUGCGGAAACACCCUUCUCAUUUAGGAAUUUCGAUAGGACAUCAUGGGUUGAACACGAUGGGAAAUAAAUAUAAUGACUAUUGUUUCCUCUCGUGUGACCAAUCUCUACCCUUCGUUACCUUCUAUUGGAACUCUUCAAUCAGACUUCUCCAGCAUGUGCGUAGUAUUAUUUCCUUUUAACAGUCGUAUUGGCCCCGUCGAUGUACUCUCCCUUAAUAAUUUUAGCCAUUACUUUCGGUAGGGACCGGGGAGAAGACUUGUCGUUUCCUCAGGGAAGAUUAGGGAAGCGUUUUUAUCCACGAAAAGACAAAAACCCUGGAAUAAAUAUAUAGAUAUAUAUAAGGAUGUAUUUACUUGCGUCGUGAUGAGGGAUAAAACGUGUCCUACGUGUUGGAAUGCUCAUUAUCUGCUCCAUGAUCUCCGAUUUUAUUUUUUAGUAGCGUAUACGUCCAUGUAAUAUAUGCGAAUAGUGUCUAAUGGCCAGUACGAUGGGUCGUCACUGUCGAGAAGAAGGAUUUUGGAUGGCACACCUUGAUCGUGGAUUUGAUGUUUGUCAUUGCAGCGUGGCAAUGGGGUUCUAACUAAAUCGUUGAAAUAUUUCCAUGAGUAUUCAUUUAAUUCGAACUAUGUACAAGAGUAACUGUUUAAAAGAGGUUAGAAUCUGACUUUUUAACACACAGGGUGGUUCACGUCUCUUCCGCCUUUGAGGUUAAAGCAGGAAGCUGGCUGAAAUUUUAUUAUAUGUGCAUGUUUAAAUUACAGGGAAUAUUUAUUGACUGGGAAUGGUGCAUUUAAUCUAACGCAAUUUGAUAAAGAAAUGAUUUUUCUUAUUUUUACCUCAAUUGUUAUAAAAUAAUUCAUUUUGCUUCAAUCGUUAUAAAGCAUUGACUUGGUUGAGUAAAUAUUUCUGUAGUUAAGUAAUAACCUCUGUAAUCCAGAUUAACACGUAUAAAAUGUUUUGUCAGUUCCGAACAGUAGCCUUAAAAAAAUGAGAGAUGCUAACUUCACCAAUAAACUCGCACGAUAAAUUGUCGCUGUACAAUGUUAACUUUUUGUAUGCUUAUAAUAUGCAAGAAGUUUUAAUUGAAUGGUAAUUUCAAUGCAGAUUUUGAGUGGAAUGUUUGAUUUUUUUAUAAAAGUAUCAUGUGCUUUACUAUUGUUUUCUGUAAUCGGCUAAAAAUGAAUUAUUAACUAUGCUUGGAAUUUGUGAUUGGCUAAUGCUCAUAUUGCUUAGAUUUGUUAUCGAUUGUGCAGUGAUUACGAUUGGAAAUCAACGAUGGAUUAUCUGCAGUUUUGUGAUGAUUAGUUUUUGAAUCAUCUGUGUAAAUUGUUAUCAGUUCUCGUUGCCAGUUGCUAUUUGAACUGGCAUAACAGUAAUAGUCACAAGUGCAGUUGAUGAUUACAUUUCGUCAGUUGUAAAUUUCAAGUGCAAUUGACGUUUAAAUUAGAGAUCGAUUGCAAAUUGCCACUUAAUUGUCAAAUAGUUAUUCCGAAUCUUAAGGUGGCAUGAAAGUGGAAAGAAGAGUCUCGUUUAUGAGACUUUUCUCCGAACUGGAUUAACCAAAUCGCUUGACAUUUUACCACGUGAAUGUGAAAGCCUUAAUAAAGGCCCUAACUCAUGGAAUUUCAUUUUUAAGAUUUGUUUAUAAACAUUUUAAAAUUGUUGUAUAAGAAAAAUAAAAUUGUAUGGAUGCCAGGACCUUUAUUAAGGCGUUCCUUUUCACGUGACAAAGUUUCAAACAAUUCGGUGCACCUAGUUAGCAGAAAAGUGUCAUAAAUGACACUCCACUCGUGUGUUGACUCCUCCGAUGCUACUUUCAUAUCGCCUUAAUAAUGGAUUCGAGUGACUACAAUUAAAAAAUGGUUUCCAUCCACAAAUAAAUGCCAUUGAAACUAAUCCUUCUCUGUUCCAUGGACUCUAGUUCUAUGUUUGAAUACAUGAAGUCCGUACAUAUCGAAUACCUUUUCCAAAGUGAUGCGAAAACUCCAUUUGUCAGCUGUGGGUCUUAUCAGGACACGCAGUACAAAAGAAAUGUGCGAAAUACUCUUUGAUCAUUACUUCGUUCAGACAAGUCCUUCGAGGUACCUCUCCGCACCAUGGUCCAACAUUGCCUUGAUCGAUUGGUUUUUACACUGCAACUUUGAUUCCGUCGUACACAGUGCCUAUAUAAUAUUUGUUUGGUAUAUGUAUAUAUGUAUAAGCUUAUUAUGUAAUUGUACAAGUAUGUAAACGUCGAUCGCAUACGACUGAAACCUGCUAGACUUAACAGUGAUAUUUAUGUAGCGAAAGAGAGAAAGAGAAUGAUUUUGUAUCGAUUUCUGUACAUUUGGGUAGUUUAAGUGUAGCAGAUUUUAGUCGUCUCGCCCCCUUUUUUUAGUCAGCAUCCUACACCUUUAACUUGUCUUCUUCGUUGAAGAAAGGUAGCGAUGCUCAGGUGUCCUCAGUGAAGGUUCUUCGCUGCCUUCGGAGAAGCCUCUGGUGUUCGAUCCAGUUUUCUUGUCCUGUCGAGUUAAUUUCUUCUCUCAAUGGGAGUUAAGGUAGUGCUCGGUCGAUGCUAGACACGCCUGAUCAUUGUAAUCCGCUUCUAAGGGACAGAAAAACAAACUGGUUUGAUGCCUGAAGUGUUUUAACGUCUUAACGAAUAGGAGCGAAUUGUUAAUUAUUAGGGAGAUAAUUGGAUUCUUCGACGAAUGUAUUAUAAAUUAAUUCGGCAUGCGCGGUCGAUCUAAAUGUUUUUAUAAACGUAUACACGCGUUCUUCCAACUACGAUGCAAAUAAAUUUAAUUACAAAGGAA